CAAUCAGGUCAAACGCACACUGCUUUGCUCCUGUGACAGUCAGAAUCAGAAACAUGGCGUUACGGGAGCUAUCGUCGCUGGAGAAAUACUUAGGAUUGAAAAAGCCGAACAAGUACAGUACACAGGCGGAUAAAAAGAUACCUGUGCUACAGAAUAAUAAUGGUCCUCCACUGGUAGGGCUGGUGACUAUCGCCUGUCACCUGGUGAAAGAGGCCAAGCGCCCAAACCUGCUGGGAGAGUGUGCAGAGAGCAGGGCUGUGGUGCAGCAGUGGCUGGAGUACCGAGUCACCAAGCUGGACGGCUGCACAAAGGAAGACAUCAAGACCAUCCUGAAGGACCUCAACCUCUACCUGCAAGACAAGGUCUACAUGGCUGGCAACCAGUUCACCUUAGCUGACCCUUUCAUGUACUAUGGAAUCCAUCCACUCAUAGUGGACUUGGCCAUCCAGGACAAGGAGCAGUAUGUGAACGUGACGCGAUGGUUCGACCACAUUCAGCACUACCCCGGCAUCCGACACCACCUCCCUCCCGUAGUUGUGCCCAGGAACAGACUUUACACCAGCAAACACCACUGAGACGCGACCCCCACACCCCCCUCCCAUCCCAGCCUGACUCAUCACAAGCUCGUCUGUCUGUUGGACUAGACCUAGGCAAAUUAUCUCCUAAAAUCCAAGAGCGUAUUGCUUCAUUAUCACAAUUUGAGGAGGUUUCCACAUAGUCACUUCUAUCCAAGAUCUCCUUUUAUCGGAUCAUGAUUCCUGCCUUAAUGUUUUGUCCUGGUCACAUACCUAAACCCUGUUUGCUCUUUGGAUUUUUUUUAAAUAUAUAUGUUUAACCAUGGAAAUUAAUAACAAAACAACUAAAGCCUAACAGCUUUAGUGUAUGAGGAACUGAAACGCCAUUAAGGGAUUGCUUACUAAUAAAUUCAAGUUCGGUUCAUAUUCUUUAACUUCUCAAUCAUUUAGUCCUGCUCACACUAAAACAAGUUUGGUGUCUUAACCCUUAUUCAGUAACUAUGGAGCAAAGAUGUGAGACACUCACGUUGGUCUUUUAUGUUUUUUGUUGCAAAUUCUUUUGUAGGACUUUUGGAAGUCUUCGUUUGUAUGGUUGUUUUCAAAGGGAAAGCUGUACUGUUUGCGGUGAAGUGCUGCUAGCUUGUUAAAAAGGUGUUUCUGUUUAUAAAUUGUGGUUUAAUGGUUUAAUUUUUUUUUGGAGAGGUUUUAAAAGACUUCAAAGAUUUUACUUAACUGGUAUUAUGUCCUCAGGACAAACAGCGUCCUUCAGGCCAUAUCAAUGCAUUUCCUGCAACAGUUUGUCCAAAUAAAUGUGGUUGCUGGUUCAGCAUCAUAACCCCAUAAUGACCACAGUCAUUCUGCCAGCUCUCUGCCCUAAAGAACAUAGUCGUCUCUCUCAGCUCGCAUCCCUAUCAGGACUGUUUUCUUAGGAUUUUAUGUUUUUUUACAUGCAACUCUAAGCCAUUUCACUGGACAGUGUGUGUGUGUGUGUGUGUGUGUGAUUACAUCCGCUCUCUGUCCCACUUCCUCACCACCAGUCGUGUGGGCAGCAGUGAGCAGUUGAGCGUCAGCCCCAGAGUCAGAGAUCAGAGUGAGGCUCCAAUCAGUCCCACUACCACCACUGUUGAUGCUGCAGGCCAGAGAGAGGGCAGCGGGCUCACCAGCUGCCACACAGAGCCAGCCAGCCAGCCAAGGCCAGAACCCAGACCCCUGGGCGACAGUCAGCCACUGUGUGUCAUUUCAACCCUCGCUCUCCCACGGGGCUACUGGCGAGAGAAGGACGAAGGGAGGGAGGGAGGGAGGGAGGCCAUAGAGAGGAAAAAGGAAAAAGAGCACCCAGAGGCCGAGGGAUCUUUUUGUGACGUGAACAAUGAUCCGUGCCUCGGAAAGCCUUACUGCUGCUGGCUGGAGGUGUGCUAUUGGCACCGUUAACAGGCCAUGUCGUCGUCGUGUCGGCAGACCCUGUAAUUAACAUCAUGAAGGUAAUGAUAAGUAGACAAAGAACAACAGAAAAAUACAUGUUAUUGAGCUAAAUUCAAGUGAUCAUUGCUUUUGCUUAUGUAUAGAACUAUUAAAAAAUACGCUAAAGUAUUUUAACAAACAUUGACUGUUCUAGUCUGGAUAAAUCUUAGAAGACUGGAUGCUUUUGUGUUUGCAUCAAAGUUUCUGUUGUUCUUUACUGUCCUAUUAAAAUGUUUUCAGCCACAUUUCUCAUUUCCUGCAUCCAAACAGACUCGCCAUAUCUUUGUGUCUGUUGCUUAUAGCUUCAGUGGUUUUCAUAAUCUGAUGUUACCAUGCUGUUCAUCCUUUGCCAAUAAAUCAGAGGGAUGCACACCUCAUGACCCCUGACUUCUGUGCA